AUGUUCUUCGGCUUCAUGCUGUGCAAAUUCUAUUUAUCGGUAAGAAAUCCAUCAUUCGCAUAUUAACUUGUUCUUGACUGUGGCCUUAUCCUUAUUCAUCUCGUUGUAGCACAAAGAAAACUACUCGUACAACACGUUCUGUUUGAACAAUUCAUGUGUCCAGUUGCAUAAUUCAGGUGGGCAAAACUGAUAAGCCCUUAAUUGCCGUCAAUUUUUAGCUCUGUUUUAUGUAUUUGCCAUUGCCACUUCAUUUAUAUUGAUAUUUGGGUGGAUGACAAGAUCAUGGAAGUUUUACAUUCCGUAUGUUGUUGUGCGGGUAAGUUGAGGAAGGUAUGUGUAUGCCAAGUUACAGAAUGCAGGCUGUUUUAUGAGGUUAGCUAGGACCGAGAAAAGUGGGCAAAUUAGCGGAUGGGUUUGGGAUCUCUUAUCAUAUGUCUAGAUACAGUGACGGACCUGAUCCAGUGGCAAAAAAUGUAUUAUUUUGCAUAAGGGAAGUAUCAAAAAUGUAGCAAAAUGUCUCCCCUUGUAACUAAAAAAACUCCAUUUUGAAGAGCCCCAAAAAAGGAGUGGACGCGAGAGAGAGUUUUUUCACUUGGAGAGGGAGGUAUUCUGCCACAUUUUCUGAUACUUCUCGGAUGCAAAGUGACACGCUUUUUGCUACUUGAUCAGGUCCACCAUUGUAUGCAUGGGGAAGCUAGGAAUAUUAUAAGAUUGAUAGCGCCCUAGGAUAAACUUUAUCACCAACAGUGGCGGACCCGAUCCAGUGACAAAAACGUACCAUUUUUUAUCCGGGGGUAUCAAAAAAUGCAGCAAAAUGCCUUCAUUUCCAAGUGAAAAAACUCGUAUUUCAAAGGCGCGCCGGCUAUUUUUGUGAGAAAAAGGGCGCGCCCUUCAAAGCGGAGUUUUUUAGUUGAAGAGAGAGGCAUUUUGCUACAUUUUUUGAUACUUCCCAGAUGCAAAAUGGUACGUUUUUUACCACUGGAUCAGGUCCGUCACUGUACUGCACUUUGGAGACCAUUACUUCGAAUGUAUUUAGCUUCUCUUCACAGUCUGGUUCACAACUCAAAGCCUUCAUCAAGCCUUCCAAAAGGGUUUUACGUUCACAAUGAUUAUCUUACUGAUCGCCUUGAUUCUACAUCUUCUCCUAGUUUCAAUUGCGAUUACAGCCGUAAUAUUCGAUGCCAAAAGCGUUAGGAAAUUGGAAAGAAAAGCGAAGCCACCAACAAACAACAGUCAAAACGUUCAAUGGAAACAAUUCCCGGAUGACAUCUAUCAUUUCCCAGUCCUGGAUUUGCGGAAUUACAGAGUGAUUAGGGAUGACAAUACAGAUCGUGCUCAUGGAGGCAAUGCACUGCCAGAUCGACCGCAAAUCGACUGUUCAGUAAGGCGAAAAAGCAUGGCAGAGGCUCCAACAAAUGGCCCGAAAACCGUCUGUUUGAAUAUGAAGACGGAUGCGGAUGAAGACGUUCUUCAGUGGAUGGAUGCUGCGGAGGGAUUGCCGACUGUUCAUGGUAGGUGGUCUUCACUGCAUUAUGGACGGGGGCGAUUGGACGCAUCUCGUUUUUAUGACACUUUUUUUUAAGUUGUUUGAAGCGCGUCCUGACUUUUCGGGAUGACGACAGUUCGGGUCAACAUAAAAUCAAUUGACACGGGUGUAGAGCAGGUAGAUACCCAAAAAAAGGUUGUAGGAAGUGCCCUCGGGGCCUGGAAAAGCCGGCGGACGCUCGGCGAAGGCUCGGCAGAGACUCGGCGGAGACUUGGCAGAGGCUUGCAAUAUAACCAGUUUUUCUAAUUUUAUGGCUUCUCUCAUUGUAUGCAAGCUUCCCAUGCAUACAACGACGACAUGAUUUUUGGUAUCGUUGACCCCAACUGUUGCUAAGCAGAAAAGUCGUAUUGCUGAUUAAAAAAAAAAAGGGGGGGGGUCAGUAUGUACAAAAUUUCCGAGGCGCACAAAAAUUACCUUGGUCCACCUUUAUAUUAUAAUUUCUCUUUCGACCCGGUCGGGCAGUCCGCGGCCUGACCUAGCUACGCCUUUGGCUCUCGGGACGUAUCAAAAAACAAACAAAUAAGGGUGUUCACUAGGGCAAUAACUGCGUACGCCAUAGAGAACCUUCCAGGACUUUUUAGCACACGACUUGUUCAAUCGCUUUAUCGCGAAAAUAUUUUAUGUUAACCUUUUAUGGCUGGUUUUAAAAGUGCGACCAUGUGGUCAUUUUUAUAUUUCAACUAUUUUUUAUUAAGUUCUUACUCUUGAACCCUCUAAACAAGCAUCUUUUGGUAAAAUUUUUCAUUUAUUCGUUGGAGAUACAACCCUUUGCCCUAAUAUCUAUACGUUUUAUAGACCACUACAGUAUUGACGAAACUUCGCCAGCUCCUCCCUCUAGCAGUAAACCUUCAACUUCUUUAACCCCUUCAUCUAGCAGUAAACCGAAACAAUCAACGAGUUACGACCAAGAAGAAAAACGGCCAAACCACUCCUUAAUAAUCUCAAUCUCGCCAGGGACUUGUCCAGAUAUUUUGACCGGCACUACGGCGUCCACUGAUGACGAGACAGACGACGAUGAUGAUUACGUCGAUGUUGUUGACUUUAGUAGGUAAUUUACAAGCGAUUUUUUACUGACGACUUUAGGAAAGCCAGAUGAUGAACAAAGCUCGAAAACGGAACAUAGCGAAGUGAAUAUUGAUGUUGAGAAGCUGGAGCAAGAGAUGGUAGACUUCGGGGAAGACCUGGUCCGAAGAAACAGUGAAUAUGGAAUUGAAAGGACGACCUGUUGA